CUUCAUCUGACCGGAGGACCUUUCCAUCCUCCGGUCCUCCGACCCUUCGGCACUCCCCCCCGUUGACCGCCGCCGACCGCCGCGGUCCCAUGGCGCGGAACCACUGGAUGCACAUGGAUGCCCGGCAGACGGAGUGCCUCCGGGUGGUUGGCGUGCUGCUUUUGCUCACCUUCAUCGGUGUUCUUUGUGGUGUUGCUCUGACGAGCUUUGCCUCGGAUCCGCCCUUCACCACGGACAUGCCCUCCGUAGCCUUGACUCCGAGCUGGCCGCGCCCGGCGGCGCCGCCGUUUCCCGGAGCGGCGGUGAGCGCCGGAAGUGCCGUUCCGGGACUUCCUGCAGCGAACUUCUCGGCGAUUUUGCCCAAAGGGGUGGUGCUGGAUGACUUUGUUUUCCUUGGGAAGGGCAACUGCAUCAACCAGCAAGGCCAGAACUUCUCGGGUCCAAUUCUGAGAUAUACCUCCACAGCGCUGCCCGAUGGCUCGAGCCCGGAAUGUACCAAGCUCUGUCUGCUCGUGCCCUCCUGCACUGGCUAUGAGGUGCAGCAGGCUGCUGGAUCUUGCUACAUUUUUGCAGAUGGCCUGUUUCAUCCCAGUGCGGCGCGAGGGAGGCUGGAUGCCAAGUGCUUCUGGCGGCACCCGAUGGCAAAGGACACCAAGACAGCGUUUCAAGGUCAAGAAGUGCUUCCGGUUCCGAAGAUCAUUUGGAGCUAUUGGAGCAAUAGACCUGACUCACCUGAGGUGCAGAGCUUGUUCGUGGAGGCCUGCAAAGCCUCUUGGAGAGCCUUGAAUCCCGACUACGAGAUCCGACUGCUGGACGAGAGCAGCUUGCACGAGUUCCUCACGCCCCAGGAUCUGCCGAGGACCUUCGAGUUUCUCACGGUCCAACAUAAAUCCGAUGCCAUUCGCCUGGCGCUGUUGCUGCGCUACGGGGGUGUGUGGGUGGAUGCGACCACGCUUAUGACGCAUUCCCUGCAGAGCUUGCUGGGCAGCGACCCCCAGAUCCGCACCUUCUUCUCGCUGCCGCCGAUUUGGGAGGACGAAUCCCUGCGCGCCAAUGACACGCGAGUGGACUGGAAGGACCACGCGUACAAUUGGUUUCUGGAGUCGCCCCCGAACGAUCUCUUCAUCCGACGGGUCCGGGAUUGUGCUUGGCAGUUCCUGGAUGGCGCCAGCCGGCACGACCUGCGGCUCACCGGGAUGUUCACGCCGCAGCAGCUGGAGAUCAUGAAGCGCCUGGGGAUUCGCACCUACCUCUCGUCGGAUGCGUGCAUCUUUAGGACCAUCUUCGAGGAUCGCGCCUUGUGGAAUUGGUUCCAUAGCCCACGGGUGCGGAUCCACAACCCCACUGGACGCAUGGGCUUCACUUGGAUGGCCAAUAUGACGGACUACUCGCAGCGGAUCUUCCAUCGGGUGGACCAGGAGCUGGCGGAGGAGUUUAUCACCGACGAGGGCUUGUUCAUGAAGUUCACGGGAGAUAUGCGGAAGGCUAUGGUCCUCCCGGUGAAUCCCUUGGCCAUUUGGUGUUGGCGCAACACCUUGCGAUUGGUCUUGGAUUCCAUUGGUGUCGACUCCUUAAGCCACUGCGCCCGCAGUGGCUUCGCCGUCCAGCAGAGACCCAUGUAGUGCCACGAGAGAUGUAGCCGAUGAGUCGCAAAAGCGGCGGUUUGGGGCGCCUCUUCAAGCGGAGUUCGCCUCGACUCAGUGGCUGAGAGCACAAGACUCAGUGACUUGGGGGCAGAGGUCUGAGAAUCUGAGCAGAGGUCUGAGCCUGUGGAAGGCUUGGCUCUCAGUUCCAAACGGCUCUCCCUAGUCAGUCGGUUUCACCGAACGAAGGAACCGUCCAAUGGCGCCCCAAACAGGAUCGCGAAGCGAAUCGCG